AUGACAGCUUACCUAAGUCUACCUAUAAUGACAGCUUACCUAAGUCUAACUGUAAUGACAGCUUACCUAAGUCUACGUAUAAUGACAGCUUACCUAAGUCCACCUAAUAUGAGAGCUUACCUGAGUCUAAUUAUAAUGACAGCUUACCUAAGUCUAACUGUAAUGACAGCUUACCUAAGUCUAACUGUAAUGACAGCUUACCUAAGUCUACGUAUAAUGAUAGCUUACCUAAGUCUACCUAAUAUGACAGCUUACCUGAGUCUAAUUAUAAUGACAGCUUAUCUAAGUUUACCUAUAAUGACAGCUUACCUGAGUCUAAUUAUAAUGACAGCUUACCUAAGUCUACCUAUAAUGACAGCUUACCUAAGUCUAAUUAUAAUGACAGCUUAUCUAAGUCUACCUAUAAUGACAGCUUACCUGAGUCUAAUUAUAAUGACAGCUUACCUAAGUCCACCUAAUAUGACAGCUUACCUGAGUCUAAUUAUAAUGACAGCUUAUCUAAGUCUACCUAUAAUGACAGCUUACCGGAGUCUAAUUAUAAUGACAGCUUACCUAAGUCUACCUAUAUUGAUAGCUUACCUAAGUCUACCUAAUAUGACAGCUUACCUGAGUCUCAUUAUAAUGACAGCUUACCUAAGUCUACCUAUAAUGACAGCUUACCUAAGUCUAACUGUAAUGACAGCUUACCUUAGUCUACCUAUAAUGAUAGCUUACCUAAGUCUACCUAAUAUGACAGCUUACCUAAGUCUACCUAAUAUGACAGCUUACCUAAGUCUACCUAAUAUGACAGCUUACCUGAGUUUAAUUAUAAUGACAGCUUACCUAAGUCUACCUAUAAUGAUAGCUUACCUAAGUCUAACUAUAAUGACAGCUUACCUAAGAGUAGCUAUAAUGACAACUUACCUAAGUCUACCUAUAAUGAUAGCUUACCUAAGCCUAACUAUAAUGACAGCUUACCUAAGAGUAGCUAUAAUGACAACUUACCUAAGUCUACCUAUAAUAAUCUUUAGUUAA